UCCAGGUAAGCACAGUCACCAUCACGAAACCACCACAGUACCUAGGUACAGUACCCACCACCUCACCCACACCCCCUCACCCACAACCACCACUACAACCACAACCACAACCACAACCACCCAACCGAAAUGCACCCCCCGCAGCACCCCCUUUCCAGCCGCCCCACCGCUCUAGCAGCAGCUCUCGAACAAGACCAAGAACAAGAACACGAACAUGAACAAGAAGAAGAAGAAGAAGAAGAAGAAGAAGAAGAAGAAGAAGAAGAAGAAGAGGCCAGACAGAGCGCCGUGCUCGUAAGUGCCAGAGAGACUUGUUCACGCUAGUCAAACCGCCUACCUACCUACCUGCCUACCUUCUCU